UGGGGCAACUUGCGGGGCAGGGACGAGUGCGGGAUAUACAUCGGAUAUAGGAAUAUCAGUGGUGGCUGAUGGCUGCUCAAACACGGGAUACUCCGGGCCGGUGAGUGUAUGUAUGUGUGGGUUCAGUGCGAUUUCAUUCUUCCCGUUGGUUUCCAUCGGAUCUUCAAGCCACGAACGACCAUGACCAAAGUGAUCAUCAUUGGUGGCUCGGGUCAUGUAGGUACAUAUCUGGUUCCUAGAUUGGUCAAAGCUGGAUACGAUGUGACCAAUGUCAGCCGAGGGACAGCCAAGCCUUACAUCGAUGAUCCAGCAUGGGACAAGGUCGAUCACGUCAAGCUCGAUCGAAAGGAUCAGGACGCUGGGGAGAAGAUUGCAGCGCUCAAGCCCGAGAUCAUCAUUGAUAUGAUGGGUUAUGAACCUGAUGAGGUGGAGCGAUUGGUGGAUGCUGUCCGGGGAAAAAUUCAACACUAUAUCUUUUGCAGCACAGUCUGGGUCGGAGGGUACGCCACGGCGGUGCCGACGACAGAAGAUCAAAUGACCAACCCUAUCGAUUCAUAUGGCGAGAAAAAGCUGGCCAUAGAGAGAUACCUCUGGGAUCAAGUCAAGACGCACAACUUCCCCGCGACGAGCUUCAGACCAGGUCAUAUCGUUGGACCAUGGCCUUCGAUCAAUCCACAGGGGAAUACCAAUCUGGACAUUUGGAAAAUUCUGGCCAAGGGAGAAGAGUUGGAGCUACCUGACCAUGGACUAGGAACCUUGCAUCAUAUCCAUGCGGAUGACUGUGCCGGACUCGUCAUGGCGAUGAUUGAGAAUCGGGACAAGACCAUCGGAGAAGCAUUCAACAAUGUCUCUCCUCAGGCCGUAUCUCUGAGGUGGUACUCGGAGCAAAUGUUCGAGUGGCUUGGGCAUCAGCCAAACAUCAGCUACAAGCCAUUCGAUCAGUGGAAACAAGGUAAACCCCAGUCAGACAUUGAUGCGACGUGGAGUCACAUCGCGCAUAGUCCUUGCGUGUCGGUGGAAAAGGCGAAAAGGGUGUUGGGAUUUUACCCUCGAUACUCGAGCAUAGAUGCCAUCAAGGAGAGCGUCACGGCUCUCAGAGACAGUGGCAAGCUAGACAUCUGAUAAUGCAUGUAUAUGACAUUGGCCACAGGACCUGCUAGACAGCUCUCAGCUGGUGCUGACGUGUAAGCACGGGUAUGGCCGGUGCUGA